AUGGCCCUAUCUGAGUCGUAUCAGCUAUCAUCGUAUGGGCGAAGUCAGCCAUGUAACGCGGCUGUUGCGACCAGCGCCAUGCUGGUGGCUUUGAGCAUAUCUCAUUUCUCUGAUGAUGGGGCAUAUGUCGAAGAGACAAAGACGUACCUGAGGCGCUCUGGUGGUUCGGCUGCUGCCUUCAAUCUGACGCUUGGAUCCUGGCAGAACUUCGUCGCAAGCUUCAUCACGCUAGAGCUGUUGUGGUUCAGUCAGCUGACCUGUGCCAAGAGGAAGGACACACAAUGGCAGGCUCCUGAUCCUUCUUUUUGCAUCCCUAGCACGAUUCACAACAAGAGCGGAAACAGCCUUGGCGACGGCGGCAUUAGCCGUGAGAGCGGAUGCUGCUCCUCUACAUUAUUCUCCUGCGGCCUCCUCCUCACCACUCUCAAGUAA